UUUUGUUUCUUUUUAUUUACUAUUUACUACCUCAGAAUUUCCCAUCCUCAAACAUAUAAGACUUGUUUGACAAGCCAACUUUUUGUACUGCUUUCUCUUUUUCUCUCCUUCUUUCCUCCUCCCAUUCACCCAUCAGUCUAUGUCAUUUACCACAAUGGCCAACCGCGAAAAGAAACCUGUUGAAUACUAUUUCAUUGACAUGAACGACCCUGGACGAUACAAGAAGUUGAAGGUGUCUCAUGCAUGCGAUUUUUGUCGUCAGCGUAAAUCAAAAUGCGAUGUUGGUGUGCCAGGAUCAGGAGUAUGCUCCAACUGUCGCAAGGCAAAUGUUGUUUGUGUCUUCUCAGGCAAAGACUCUUCUGACGAGAAUCGGGACUACAGUCUGGACCUAUCCGUGGAACCAUCAUCAGCUCACCCACCAUCCCUUCAUUCUUCUCAUCCAGUACCCCCCGCUGUAUGCCUAGAACCGCAACAACAACAACAACAACAACAACACGAUCGAAUCCCACGGAUGAGCAAGAGCACAGCUUUGCUGUACUCUAUUUACGACCAAUUUCCCGCAUUCCAGUUGGCUUGCCCGGAUAGGGCUGAUCAGCUCUGUGCAGCUCCUGCGGUUGGUGGCAGUGAAUAUCGUGCAUCAAUCCCCAUUAUCAGCAAUACCGGCAGCAGCAUGCCGCUUCUCCGCCUUUCCCAAAAAGCUGAGCAUGCUUUAUAUCAGGCGUAUUCCAGAUACAUCCAUCCAUAUUUUCCUGUGCUGCACCAAACGCCAUCAUCGCUGUCAGUCUAUUCCGCACUGCUUGUCCUCAUGUGCUACAUUCGCCCGCCAGAGUUAUGUAACAGCUUGCCUUUAUCCGCUGAGGCGUACUUGCAUCAGGCGCAGGUACUCUGUUUGGACGAGUGCUCCCUCAGUGCGGUACAAACCCUACUUUUGCUGCACAAGCAUCAGGAAAUGACUACCACUUUGCCUUGCAUGGCCUAUUUGGAACGCGCCAGUACUAUAUUUGACAAGCUUGUACUUCCAGGCCCGCAAUAUCAUGAUCAGAAUCUUCAUCAUCGUCAGCAGCAGCAGCAGCUUUACACCAAUGAAGCAACCGCCAUCUGCAAGAUACGUUGGUUACUGUACGUUAGUAUGGCGCUGACGGGACACCUAGCACAUCAAAAUGCCACAUACAAGCGUUGGUUUGCGGUGCAUGAUGAGCGGCAAUUGGUUCACGACCUACCGUAUUUUGCUUCUUCAGCCACAGACGGCAACGAUCAUUCUACGGAAAACUUUGUGGAGCUCAUCAAGCUGGCAAAACUAUACACCCAGGUUACACAGCAACCAUCACGGACGCCCUUUACAUUUUAUACUGAUUCCCUUGCCGUGGACGAUAAGUUCCAACAAGAAUUGGUGAAGUGGAAGUUAAGCCUACCACGCCACUUGUACACUGGGACGGCAACGAUGAAGACGAUAGCGACGGCAGCAGUAGGAGCAGAAAGUAGCUCUAUGGACUAUAAUGCCUUUUACUCGACAUGCCUGCUCUUCCUCAGUGACACCUUAUCACUAUCACUUUCUGCCAACGAGUCUUCACCAGCAGAAGAACGAUCAUCAUCGCUAUCCGAGUCUUUGGCAACAGCUGCUAGGAUACAGCAGUGCGCUCAUACCUUGGCAACAACAGGUUCAUUCAUGGUUGUCAGCCAACCGAUUAUGCUACUUGCAUUGAAGCUGGCAUUAAACGAACUCAUGUGCGCCUACACAACUUGGAUUGCGUUCGAGCAGCAUCAGAACAGCAUUGUCCACUGGGUCUGCGACUGGUUCGCACAAACAAUCUAUCUCUGCAAUAAGCUCAAAAUGGACACUGCCUUUCCAGCUAGCUUGCAAAAGCUCCAUGAUUCAAUGCUUAGCGGAACCCCGAUGUAUCAUAUCUACCAUGAAGAUGGAGAUGACGAAGAAGAUCAAGAUGAGGAGCAACUAUUAUCAUAAGCUCGAUAGCAGUACUAGUAGCACCAGCGGUAGUAGCUUCUCACCAAUCGACCAUUCUAGUUUUGGUAGCAGUGGCAGCAGUGAUUUCCCGAUCACACCUACAGUAUUUACAGACCAGGCUCCGGAUUAUUUUCAAGACACUGUCUAUAUGCAUCCACCAGCAUCACCAUCACCGUCCCUGUCAAGUGAUAAUUGUCUGGACCUAGCCGCUGAAAGUCACCAAGUCUUUGCUGCAUAUCAUCAUCCACCAGUGUACGACACUACUUAUCAACCGCAACAUAUCAAC